AUGACCAAAUACACAAGAAAAAGAAAAUCUACGAACGAACGAAAAAUUGAAGAAAUAAAACAAAAAACGAUCGAAAACAUAAAUCAAUUAGCCGAUCUGGCAAAACGAUUAAACUCAUCUCAAGUAAGAAAAAAAGAAUCACCCGAAGACGUUGAAGUCAGCAGUUCUGAUGGAAA